GUGGACUUGCCCCUCCUUUGUUUUGACCUGUGCAACCCCUCCCCCUCCACCAGCACCUUACCGCCGCCACCACUACCACCAUCACCAACUUUCGUGUCAUUGACGGAUCAGCGUUGCACUGAAGAUGCCUAAUAUCACCAUUCGCAACCUGACGGUGCAGGCUUUGACUCUCAAACGUGUUGAGCGUUUUGGGGCAAAGCAGGUCACAACGGGCAGUACUCUUGGCAACGCCAUUGGCAAUAUCACGUCUCUCCUCAACGCCACAAGCUUCAAUUCAACUGAAAUUCACCCUGAAGGCGAGGCGCGCGAGAAGAAGGAUGUCGACAUCAAGAUCAAUGCUUUUUCUGCCCAGGGCACCGACUUCCCAGCUCCGCAGGAGGACAAGGAGGUUGUGCGCCUGCUGUUCGAAUGCGACGGCAAGUGGUACGAGGUCGACACACCCUCCAAGUCGGACAGGUCAGUCGUCAUGACGCGCUUGACCAAGGACGACAAGCGCGAAUUCACGGCCGUGUACAUCGAGCGCCAUCAGUUCCUGGCCAUCAUGUCGUCCUCGAACCUCCACGCCUGGAUGAAGGAGCUCAAGGACAGCUACCCUCUGCCCUUCCUCUCGAUCCCCGGCACCCACAAUGCGCCCACCUGCUACACAGCCCUCCCGUCCGUCCGCUGCCAGGCUGUCGGCAUCACCGAGCAGCUCGAGAACGGCGUGCGUUUCUUCGACAUUCGCGUCUCGGCCACCCCCGACAACGACAACCUCGCCCUCGUCCACUCGGUCUUCCCCAUCUCUCUGACCGGUACCAAGUGGUUCGCCGACCUACUCACCGAGGUCUACGCCUUCCUCGAGCGCAACCCCUCCGAGACGCUCAUCAUGUCCAUCAAGCGCGAGGGCACCGGCAAGGGCUCGGACCACGACAUGUCCCGCUACCUGCGCGACCGCUACAUCAAGAAGAACUCCAACCGAUGGUACACGAAGCCGCAGAUCCCCGCCCUCGGCGACGCCCGCGGCAAGAUCGUCCUCAUGCGCCGCUUCCACUGCGACGACAGCGUCAACAAGUCGGAGAAUGACGGCAAGGGCAUCGGCAUCGACGCCGCCCACUGGCCCGACAACUGCGAGGACGGCAAGACGGGCGGCGGCGGCUUCGUGCGCGUGCAGGACUUUUACGAGGUUGACCAGAGCACCAACAUUGAGAAGAAGAUCAGCUACAGCCACGCCCAGCUCGAGCGCGCCGCCGAGGCCCUGUUCCGCGCCCCCGGCGCCGAAGGAUACGAAAAGGGACGCCGUGUCGCCGCUGUUUCUCUGGCCAAUGUCCGCGAGAUGUUGGCUUAUCUGUGA